AUGGAAAACGAUGGCUCUUCUUCUGGGCUCCUGAGAAACAGGAAUGUGGCUCGCUCGGGCAAAACUUCUGAAGAAAGAGUCUUCGGCCCCAGGUUCAAGUCCAAGCUGCUGAAGGUCCAAAACCAGCCUGUCUCGACAUUGGGUGUCUUCAUUAGUGCAUGCUCAAUUGCAUUAUCGGCUGUUGCCAUGUUUCUUCUAGGCGUGAACAUCGUCAUUCAGUAUCGUACAAUCGUGCCAGAGGACAGGGCGGGAAUGACACGGAAAGCUAGCUAUAUCGUACUUAGCGCUGGUGCUAUUUACCUCCUGAACAAGUUCAAUUUAUGGUUCUUUCGGAAAGUUGUAUCUUACUUUUCGAGUGGUCCAUAUGAUAGGUUGCCGGCGCAAGAAAGCUUUGAAAUGGAGCAGCGCGCCUAG